AUGGUACUACAGUAUGAUGAGAGCGUUCGCAACCUGCUGUAUCGGAGAUCAUGCCAAUACACGCAGGGCGAGCGCUCUGGAGGCCACGUCGAAGAGGCCGCCGACCUCGUCGAGAGGGUGAAGAACUUCGCGAAGCGGUAUCCUGGUAGUAGGACAGCUCAUGCUUGCAGAGCUGAGGGGGGAUGCACCCCCGACGCUAUCGCAGAAGCCAUCCGCUCGACAUGUCGGCAGGCGAGACGCGACCUGUUUGAAGACUCUCUGAGGGAAUGGAGCUCAGAGUCGAGAGCAUGGUUUAUUCAACAGAUGGAGGAGGCCAAGAAGCAGAAUGUCGAGACAUACAUCGGCACAGAAGGCACCGAGGGGACCUCCUUCAUCUCCAUGACUCUCCUGGGCAUCUCCUCGAUGUAUGUUCGACAAGAAGAAAAGUUGAAAUCGAAGCUUAUGGAACUGGGUCUCAUGGUAGACUCAGUCGAUGGAGUCGACAAGGCCAUCAUGUGGAAAGCACCUUACAGACCUGAGAUAGCACGAGCAGACGACAUCUCAGUCACCGUCUCCUUCCUUCGGAAUGAAGCAGCCAUGGAGCUAUGGGAAGGCAGGAGAGAAUACUGCAUAGACGGCAGAUCGUUCAGAGCCACAGAGGUGAGCAUUGCACAUGACCGGUCCUUCAAGCUUCGAGCCAAGCGAGGACCUUGGGGCAAGGGAGGGAGCCUUGCCGAGCUAUCACAGCUCUUAGCUCUUGGAGGAAUGUCGACGGCCGACAUAGCUCAGAUAUAUCGAUUUCAGCUGCUCUCGCAAUCUCUUGCAACCGCAGAGGUACAACCACUUGCGGGCAUGCUCGUGCAGGGUCCUGGGCAGAGAGGUCGCAAGGGGCCGAGCCCGAAGACGUAUGUUGCUGUUGGGGCAAGUACUGGCACUCUCCAGCAAAAAGAGCUGGAGUGGGUGCUCAGCUCGCCUUCGACGGCAAGUUGCGAGCAGACCUUGGCCUCGUUCAGAGAGAGCCUUCAGCGAGGCGAUGGAGGGGCCGACACCUUCGUUCCUAGGGGAAAGAUCGCUAAGCAAAGGAGGGCACUCCGCGAGAGAGAUCAUGCGGGGCGCAGCAGCUUCAGAGUACAGAUCAAGUCGAGGUCAAGCAUGAGCACAGGCCGCUUCUCGAGGAAGGAGAUGGAAGCGCUGUGCGGAGGAGGUAACACAUCGAUCACGAGAGUCAAGCGAGCCAUGUUGGAGUUAGCAAGAAGGAUAGGCGUGACGCUGGUCAGCGUCGAGGUCGAGGAGGAUCGUGACACGCUCAGCUGGGAUGGGAGCCUGAUAGCUCUCUCCCUGGCGACCAAGGCAGAGGCUCGACGCUUGAUGGAAGACAUGCCCUUCUACUUGGAAGGGAUCCUGGAAGUCAAGCUCGAAGCGGUGGGGUUCAAGCUCAACGGGCCUCAGCAUGAGGAGGAGAGGAGCCUGAGCAGCGAGGAGCAAGCCCAAGAGCCCCAAGGGCAGCAGCAAGGCGCUGGAUGGCUGGAGCUCAGCGACAUCGACAGGAUCACCAUGGAAGCAGCGUCGCCGUCAGGGCCAGUCGACCAACAGGUCUUGCUCGACCUCUCGACGAUGCUCUUGGAGACAUCAGAGGAGGAGCUGCUAGCUGGCAAGCCGAUCUCGCUGGAGCUAGACAAGAGUGUUGGCAAGCUGCAUGACACCUUCUGCUCGCCGGGCAACGUGGAGUUCAUGACGCUCGGAGCUUGGGCAGCCACGCCGACGCUGGGAUCGAAGCGAAACAUGUUGAAGGAAAAGCUCAGAGCAUACCUCGGCGAGCAGCGCUGGACACGGGUGCAAGGGAACAAGGCAGCGAGGAGGGGCAGCGCCUUCUCUCCAAGGGCAGCAGCGACUGAUGCGCUCGAGCAGGAGGCUGAGAGCGAUGACAUCGAGAGUCGAUCUGUAAGCCUCUUGUUUCUUGCGAUCAGUAAAUUUGCUGAGCACCAUGGGUUGAGCUGCACGGGCAAGGUCGACAAGCAAGACCGACUGCGGCUGAUGAUGAGGGAGGAAGUGGACAUGGAGGCUGAGGAGGGCGAGGGCGUGGAGGAGGAGGCCGAGGCGGAGCGGAGCUGUGGGCCCCAGGGGGGGAAGGAGGAAGAAAUAAAUGAGGUGGACAUGGGGCAAGCAACGAAGGCCGGCCGAGACCGCCAAGGUGUGUCGGAGCCGAGGAAGCAACACAAGUUGAAAGCACGGACGACCCAGGCCAAGGCAGGCGGAGGAAACUCCACUGGCUGA